AACCAGCAGAGGGCGGUGUGUUCCGCUCUGUACCCGUAAACAUUAAAGAGGAAGAAGAGCAUAACAACAUACAGUGUAGACGCGAGUCAUAUUGUAUUAGAUUUGCUUGACUUCGCACAAUAUGGCAACCACGAUCAGCACUCAGAGAGGACAGGUGUACAUCGGAGAACUUCCAAUAGACUUCCUGAGGAUCACUCCGACCGUCCAGCAGCAGCAGGUGCAGAUGGAUGCUCAUACGGCACAGCAACUGCAGUAUGGAGGCAGCCUCAACUCCAUGGGUCGGAUCAGCAUCACAGUCGUGCAGGCGAAGUUGGCUAAGAACUAUGGCAUGACGCGCAUGGACCCAUACUGCAGAAUUCGGCUCGGCUACACCGUGUACGAAACACCUACAGCACAUAACGGAGCCAAAAACCCACGCUGGAACAAAGUGAUUCAGUGUCCGUUGCCUCCUGCAGUCGACUCCUUCUACCUGGAAAUCUUUGACGAGAGGGCAUUUUCCAUGGACGAUCGCAUCGCCUGGACACACGUGACUAUCCCAGAGAGCCUGAGGGAAGGCAGCGUGGUGGACGAGUGGUACAGCCUGAGUGGAAGACAAGGAGACGAUAAGGAAGGCAUGAUUAACCUCGUCAUGUCUUACUCGUCAGUGCCAGCGGGAAUGAUCAUGCCACCCCAGCCUGUGGUCCUGAUGCCCACCGUGUACCAGCAGGGUGUCGGCUACGUGCCCAUUGCAGGUGUGCCAGGUGUGCCAGGUGUCUAUAACCAGGGUGUGAUGCCCAUGGCGAUGCCCAUCAGCGCCCCUCACAGUGCCCCCUACAGUGAGGAGGACCUGCAGGCCCUGAGUGACAUGUUCCCUAACCUGGAUAAGGAAGUGAUCCGCAGCGUGAUUGAGGCACAGCAGGGGAACAAGGAUGCUGCCAUUAAUUCUCUGCUGCAGAUGGCUGAAGAGGUCUGAUUGUAUUGGAAAUGCUCAGCGUGUCAUUCCCUAACAAAAGAGUUAUGUUUUUUUCUCUUCCGUGUCCAUCAAGACAGUAAUAAACACACAGCAUUAUGGGAUUUUAUGUUCCAAUAGCAGUGCUUAUUGAUGCUUUUUGUUUUUUUCCCUUGAAGAUAAUCACGAUUUGGUUCCAUUCUCGUUUUCAUUUUAUGGGUCACCGUUUUUUAUAUAGUCCGGCUUCACCCACUCAGAGAGCUCCCUGUCUUAUAUAAUGGAUAUAUUUAAUGCAUUGUGUUAUAUUCUGAAGAUAAUCAAAUAUAUUUAGGGCAGAUCAAAUAAUAAUGGCAGAAUUAUGAAUAUCACCCUGUUGUAAAAUAUUGAACAAUGUUUUCUUCCCUUUAGCUCAGUCAUGGUAACUCUGCCCCUCAGGUCUGUGGCUUUAGUUAACUGACAGUAUAAUAACUCUCUAUCUGUAGGUUUCACAUUUAUAAGCAGAGUCAUAUUGGGACAAUGAGAAUCCUAAUAAAUGAUCUAUGACUGUGUUUAUUGUCGCUUAUCUCAACAUCAUGCUGUGGUAAAUUAAAUCUAUUUCCCAAAAUAAACAGCCAAUAAUUAUAAAUUAUAAACAUUUUUCUAAAUUUGGCGUGAAUCUGUUCAGCUGUGAGUGAAACAUACCUACCAUUAGAUCUAAAUUCCUAGGUGAGAAGUGUUGUUGAAGUUACAGAGAGCAGUCGAGUUCCCACACUUCUUCACUGCGUCAUCAAUGAGAAAAUAUAUUCAACCUGCAAUUCCAAAAGUUUUAUUCCUAAAACUCAAUUCAUUUAAGGAGUUUUUCUAACCUUUAAUACAAUUUAAUGCUUAACUUAAGUGCAAACUUGAACUGAAGUUUAAGAUGAAAGCAAAAACUUUGCAUUCCCUGUGGAUUCUGGCUGUAGAAAACCCUCUUGGCCUACAGAUAUGUCCAUCCAGACAGCCUUUUUACUGGAAAUGUUAAGAGGAAUUUGGACGUGAGCUUUCAACUCCGAUUAACCUUGAAGAUAAUUUUUUUUUUAAAAAUUAAAUUAAACAAACAUUUGCACUCGGGUGUAUAUUUUAAUUCAUUCAUUUCACAGGCACUCACAAAAAUGAAUGCUAAAAGCACUAUUUGUAUAUAUACAAAACACAUUACCCACAAUUCCAUACUCAAUAAAAUUGGACACAUGCACAAUGCCAAAGGUUUUUAAGAAACAAAGUUAUCAAAGGUAUAUUUGUGAGGUCAGCAUUAUUUGUGUUCAUGUUAAAUUAUGUUUUUUUUUGUUUGUUUUUUGUUUGUUUUUUGUCUUUUGUUUUCCGCAUAGCAGAUAUUGCCAUAUUCCAUGAAAGUCUUGAAGUUCUCAUGUAAGACUAAGAGAUCAGAUUCAGUAUGUGGCUCUAAAAUUCCUCUAAGCCAUUCAUGACUCCUUUUCCAAAGUGGUGCCAUCGUUGGCCUUACGAAUGCAAACCCGAAUGCAAGUCUCAUUUUUUGAUCUUAAACAUGUUUCGUAUUCUACAUAUCAGAUUGCAUGUGAAGAUCGACCACUGAUUUCUUACAGAAAGUCCAAGAUUUUCCUCGAAUCAUUGACAUUUAAUUUAGACUCACUUGAUUGUUUCUUAAUGUUGUCAAGUUGUAAACUCAUGAAGUUCUUAGAUCAAGCUUGUUGUUUUAAAUCAUAUGGUAAGCUCUUGCUUGAAAAUGUUGCUGCAGUAAAAAAAAGAUAACACUGUAUUUAUUAGUCCUGUAGUGAGGAUGUUUAAAUUUCUACAUUAUGAUUAUUCCGCUCAUGCAAGAGCAGUGAUGUUGAACUCUUUGGCACUUUACUUUCUGAAAAUAUGUCUGAUUUAAGUUGAACAGUAUACACAAUAAUGACAAUAAAACAAAAGAAUAUCCUA